AUGAGCAUAGGUCCCUCCCAAUUGCUGUGGAUGUGCAGCGCGGGUGUGCUUGACGGGGUUGCUUCCCGUUCAAGCAUUAUUGCCGAGCACGCAAUCUGCUCGCAACGCAUGUUCAACUUUGCCUUGAACUUUCAUGACAGUCGCAUUCCUCUCAUCAUCCCUGCUCUCUUCCUGCAGUCUCCAUCGAUGCCGUCCACACCUUCGCAACGUCGCACACGUGCAUCGAAUGCUCUGAAGCAUCCUGGUCAUAUUGUUGCGCCUACUCCUCGACGGACCUCAGCACAGGUCAAGGAGGACAAGAAACGUGAAGAACUCCAGAAGGAGAGGCAAGCCAGCAAGAGGAAGCGAGCUCUGGAGGCUAUCGCAGAAGAGGAGGUGCAGAUGCAGGAUGAAGAUGAACUGGCAAAGGCAAAUCAUGCCGUCAAGCAUAUCGGAACAGGUUCUGCAGUCCAUUCUGUCUUGAAGAAGAAGGCAAAGCAGAGUGCUUCGAAGAAGACCGGCAAAGGAGGACAUGACGAGCCAUACGAGUCCGACCUCACCGAAUUGCCUUCUGAAGAUGAGCUGCCGAAGAAGAAAGCGAAGAAAGAUUCUAGCACUAGAGUGACGAUUGAGCAGGCUCGCCUUGAGCUUGUAAAUCGAAAGGCGACGGAGCCAGGUGACAUCCGAUCGAAAGAAAAAUUGGUUGUAGAUCCAGGUGCGCGUCUGAAGAGCUCGACAGUGGCCCACGGAAGGCAACGCAUUAGGGUUGACAGUCCGAAGCACGAUCAUGUACACGUGGCAACCUUCGGACACCCAUCGGCACACCAGACCUCGAAAGUCACGCCACACAGCAGCCGCUACUUGGGCAGGGGUCCCAUACAAGACAAGGGGUUCGCAAGUGAAUCAGACGAAGACGUCGAACGCAUUGCUGCGAUGUCGAGUCCUGUGAAGGCUCCAGUAAUGCGGGCCACACAUCAGAAUAUGGUCAAAAUAAAUGAUAUCGAUAAUAUAGAUGUGACUCCGUUUGCCAAGCCGUCUCUAUACAAGUCCGUCAUCAACCACGGCGUCAUAGACGUUGAGGAUACGCCUCAUCCGAUCCGCGAUCGCACCACCGCCAAUACUUAUGUGAAGGUGGAUGACAUGCGCCGUGCGGCCCAUGCCAACUUGAUUGUUGUCAAGCGUGAGCCAUCGAACAUCAUCAGGCGUGAACUUUUUAGCACUACAAAAGCGAGCCAAUCACGCCGUCCCACUGGAAAGAGCAAGACAUCCGAUUUGCCGGCAGGUGCCAAUGACAAUGGACGCUGGCAGCAUGUCUUUGUUCUGACUCUUCGUCGUUAUGCUGGGACGCUGGUGAAUCCAUGGAUUAUUAAAGAUGAUGAGUUCAUCGAGGCUCUGCAGUUGAUUUGGAACGCAAUAUACGGUAAUAAAGUCCCCCAUCAAGUUGCCUGCAAUGACCAUGUCUUCAAACUCGCUACACAGCGUCUUAGUGAAUGGCGCAGCAGUUUCGGCUCUACCGCUCUGCGUAUUCUCGAGAAUUUCUUUAUUGGAGACAAGGAGAAUUCAUAUGAUAAUGUCGAAGAUCGUUGUGAAUUCACGGAGUACAUGUUGUCGAAGCUACGGUUCACUUACGAGCAUGCGGUCGGAGACAACAAGAAGGAAUGGAGGGGUCUCUAUCAAUCCAUGUUCAUACUGCGACUAGUUGCAAGUCACUUCACCCUGACCAAGGGUGCUGUAAGUGUUCCUGGCCUCGCCGGUAUGGAAGAAGACAAGGAAUGCCCCAUUGGUGCGAUUGCUAUGGCAUCUGCCGCGACCUAUCGUGCACUGUUUCUUUGGGUCAACAAUGACAUGACGUUGGAGAACGGCAAGGCAAUUAUGCUGAAAGGCUUGAACGUCGCUACUGGUGAUGCUACAAACAGUGAGACUGCCUUUAGCGAAGUGAAGUAUCGGGUCGACACGAUAGGUUACGCAAAGGCAGCGCAGAAGCUUGCAUCUACGAAGCCGAAGAAAAUGGGCUGCAUCAUCGAGCGUGCGAUGAAGAUAGCGCGUGCCGGCAAGUCUAUCACUCGAAGAGAGGUUAUCAAUGUUGACGCUUCCGAGCUGGAUUCCGAUGAGGACCCGUCGAAGCUUGUUGAGCUCGGUUCUGAUACCGAUGGCGAAUAGAGGGCUUAGGAAUGCGCCUUAGUACCGGAUUUCGUGAUGAUUGACCUACUUGCUCAUUGGUCUUUUGCGACUUCUGCAUGGAAUUGGACGCUUUGGCUUCCCUGCUAAUUUGCUUGUACGAUGUCUCACUUUUCUUGUGUUUCCUUGCUAGUUCAUUUGUACGACGUCUUACUUCUCUUGUUAUAUGCAUUAUUCAGAAUUGCG